AUGGAGUGGUUAACGAGCGCUGAGGGUCUGAAUGUCCGUCAGGAGCUGGAGGCGUCCGUUCGUGAGCACCGCCCUUACUUGCGUGAUGAGGAGGUCGACCUUAUUGUAGAUGGUCGUCUACAACGCAUGGUUCGGGAGCGCGCGGCGGAGCAAGCACCUGCGAGCGGCCAGCAAGGAGGAACCGGUGAAGGAGGAGCUGUGCACGAGGCUCCAAGUGCUGUUGGCAUUGGUGGAGGAGCUCUUGCACCGACCAUUGACACGGGAAUGAUCGGCACGAGCUAUGGCCAAUUCAAGUUUGGAGUUGAGCACAUCUCGACCCAGUUAGCCCACCUCAGGAAGGGAGACGAUGAGACAGCGGAAUCCUACUGCAAUAGGGCCCACACCAUCCGAGCGGAGCUGCUGACCAUUGGACAAGAGGUCCACAUGGCCACGUUUGCCGCCCACGUGCUGAAGGGCCUACCACCGGAAUACGGAUUUCUUCGCCGCAAGCUCAAAAUUUCCAGCCCUGACAUGAUGGUGGAACGCGUGUGCAGCGAGGUGUUGAGGGAGGAGCAGACUCUCUCCAUCAAACAGAGUUACAAGCAGAUCACCAGCGAUGCAUCUACUUUCUCGGGCGCUGUCAACACCAUCGUGGCUACAACGGGGGUCAACGGGAAGGAAGGAAAAGAGGGAAGGGAGCAGACGGACAAGAAGAAGGAUGGCAAGCGGGAGAAGAAGCGAGCCCCCUUCAAGGGGCGCUGCUACAACUGCAAUGAGGAGGGGCACAUGGCUGCCAAGUGCCCCAACAAGAAGAAAGAUACAACGCCCGUGGCAGCCGUGAACGUAGCUGAAGGAGACGGGAAGGGCGUGGCGCUCACCGUCGCGUGUUCGGCUGCAAAGUUGCUGGCCGACGACAAGGACUUGUGGUUCCUUGACUCAGGAUGCUCCCAACACAUGACCGGCCUCAAGGAGUGGUUCACGGUGAUCCGUGACCCAUCUGCAACGAAAUCACUCUUGGACAAGGAAGCAAAGCUGCAAACCGAGGAAGGUGUCACUCGCAUCAUCGCAUCAGGAGGUCAAGUGGCUACAACGGCACGAUAUCGCCAUCGCCUUCACUGCCUUGACCUGGAUCCAGGGCCAGCAAGGAACGGUGCAACGGCUGCAGCGGCAUGCACCGAUAUGGCGGGUGGAGCGGCGAGCAACGGCACAGGGGCUGCAUUGGCAUGCAACGGCACGGCAAAGGAGAUCGCUGAUGCGGCGUCAAACAAGCCAGAAGCUAAAGAUGGAGCGGCCAGCCUCAAGACGUACGCGGUGGGCUCCAAGGCAACGCCCAACCUAUGGCACGCUCGCCUUGGACACGUCCACUUCGAUGCGGUGAAGCGGACAGCCACGAGCGGUGGCGUGUUCAGUAUGGAUCUGGAGAAAGGAUGUGAGGAUAUGCCGUGCACCUCCUGCCAUGAAGCCAAACUCACUCGUGAAUCAUUUCCGCUGCACGACGAGCGAGAGGAGCAGAAUCCACCGCCACCACGUACUGUCAUCGUGGUCCCGGUACCGUCUGUACAAGGGGGCGAGAAACCCCUUGAACGCUCGGUGGGCCCUUUGAGCAGCAAGGCGCCUACUGCACCUCCUCCUCUUGGUCCACCCUCCGUUGCUGAUUCGGCGCUCGUAGGACCAGAGGAUGGUCCUCUGGAGGUUGACACCAGCAUGGCUAAUCACGAGGAGGAAGAAGAAGUAGCAGUGGAUGAGCAGUCACCAAUGGCCCAUGAGCAUGAGCCUUCACUUGCAGUUCCCCCUUUCCAGCCCAUUCCACCACCCCCACGUCGCUCCACCAGGCCUAACAAGGGGGUGCCACCCAUACGGUUUCAGCCAUCAGCCAUGACGGCCCUGUAUGCAGAUGAUGAGGACAACCCGUACGACGUGGCAUACCUUGCUGAGGACUAG